AUGUCGGGAACUGUUGAUGAUGCUGGGUCUUCGGGUGGUGUGGCGAUACAGGUGUUUCGUCCUACCUGGGACGAGUUCAAGGAUUUUAACAAGUAUGUGCAAUAUAUGGAGUCCAAGGGAGCUCAUAAGGCUGGGCUGGCUAAAGUGAUCCCUCCGCCCGAGUGGGUCCCACGGAAGAAAGGUUACGAUUUGGACGAGCUGAACAUCACGAUACCGUCGCCGAUAUGUCAAGUGGUGACCGGCAAGCAGGGUUUGUUUCAACAAAUUAAUAUACAGAAGAAAUCCAUGACAGUCAAACAGUUUGCGGUUCUGGCCAACUCCGCGAAGUACUGCACGCCUCGGCAUACAAACUACGAGGAUUUAGAGAGGAAGUACUGGAAAAAUGUCACGUAUGUAGCGCCGAUAUAUGGAGCUGAUGUCAACGGCAGCAUUACUGAUCCUGAUGUUAAAGAAUGGAAUAUAAAUCACCUGGGAACUAUUCUGGACUUCGUCAACUCAGAUUACGGCAUAGAAAUUGAUGGAGUCAAUACGGCGUACCUGUACUUUGGUAUGUGGAAAACAACAUUCGCCUGGCACACUGAAGAUAUGGAUUUGUAUUCGAUAAAUUAUCUCCAUUUUGGUGAACCAAAAACUUGGUAUGUCAUACCGCCUGAACAUGGGAAGAGAUUUGAACGUAUCGCUGCCGGUUUCUUCCCAACGUCUGCCAAAACCUGCCAAGCCUUCCUGAGACACAAAAUGACAUUAAUAUCACCGCAGAUUCUUAAGCAAUACUCGCUGCCGGUGAAUAAAAUAACACAAAAACCCGGAGAAAUCAUGAUUACAUUUCCCUACGGUUAUCAUGCAGGGUUUAAUCAUGGCUUCAAUUGUGCCGAAUCAACAAACUUUGCAGCACCGAGAUGGGUUGAAUACGGCAAACGGGCACUGCAAUGCACUUGUAGUAACGAUAUGGUCAAGAUAUCGAUGGACACAUUUGUUAAGAGGUUCCAACCUGAUCGAUAUGAACUCUGGCUGAAGGGUCAAGAUAUAGGCUGCCAUCCCGAGCAGCCGGAGAAAAUGGUCCCCGCCCCACAUCCCUCGGGACAAGAUAUUUUAUGUAACAAAAAUAACACAGAGCUACCGCAAUCAUUUAUAGAGGCUGAGGUUGAAGGUUUAAAGAAGAAGAAGCGACAUCCAUUACACUUGAAACGAGCUAUGGCUAGCAAGAGUAUAUCUGAAGGUGCAAUCGCUGUGUCCAUUCUAGGCCAUGACGUUAUGGAUGACGAUGAAAUGACUAUGGCGGAGGGAGAUUUAGACAUGAUGACCUCAAUGAAGCGACCCAUGAUGCCAUUAGACCCAGACGACACACAACUAGACGCUCUCGAAGACAUCUGGCUGAAGGGAGAUGAAAUGGACCCAUCAGAAGCUCAGCUACCAGAUAUAGGAUAUAUCGACUCUGACAGAGAUUCAGACUAUAAAGCACCACAGACAGGAAAACGGAAGCAGACGAAAACCAGGCGGAAACGGAACACAUCCAAAUCCAAAGAGAAGGUCGCGAGGUCACCGAUGAAAGGAGAAUCUAGUCAGGAACAGUCCAAGAAGCAGAAGAGAAAGAUGAAAACGAAGAAGCUGUCUGACGAACAGCUUGAAGAUAUGGCAGCUGUUAUAUCCACCUGGGAAUCACCUCCACACGAUAACGAAGACGUAAAAUACAAGCCACCAUCACCGAAAGUGGAUCCACUGAAUGAAACGGUCACAUCACAGAGUUCAGCCAUAGAAAAAUCCAUCGAGGAAUCACCAACGACUGAUAAAGAGCCCAAAAAACGUAAAUCACUACCAAAAACUGAAAAGAAGGAUAAAAUUAAGAAGGAAAGAAUCAAGGAGACCAUCAAAAGGGAACCGAAAAUAAAGAAGGAAAAGGCAGAUGAGGAGAAAGACAAAAAACCACGCAAACCCAGGGUCCCGAAGAUUAAACAAGAAAUACCAUUGCCACCUGUAAAUAACUCAUCCAAGAUUUACACUUCCACCACUUUACCGAGAACCAUAUCAGCUUCCGGAUCUACAUCAAAGGUUCCACCUCCACUGAAGACCCCACCGAAGCCCUACGCCGGCCUACUCCUAGACGCCAACCUCCGAGUACCAAUAAUACAGCCCAUCAACAAAAACCCAAGCGCCUUCGAAGGAGAGUUUUACAAAUUCAUGGAAAGGAAACAGAAUUCACCCGAACACAUUAUACCGAGGAAAUCACCUACAAAUAAGGUGAUAGUAGAACGAGUGCUCCCGGAAAGCCCAGUCAAAGUUCAAGACAUACCAUUACCCAUCGGUCAGUACAAUGAUAAUAUAUUCUUGGAUACUCCAAUAGAUUACCGGACGCAGCCACCAGAUGUCUCUACAGCCAAUUCCCAUCAUAACCCAUGGAAGCCGAGUCAAUCCCAAGGAACUUCAAUCCAACCGGCAUGUCUGAACGUGCUGACGAAACAGGAGACGUCUCCGUGUGUUGAGAAGGAGGAGGUGAGGGUGGAGGUGGAAAGGUUCAUUGACCUCGCCAGGCUCAUGGAGGCGUUCUUCCUUCAGAAAAGAUUUCUUCUAUCAGCAAUGAAACCUGAACUUCUGGUGAAAGAAGACAACAACGAGCUGAAGUGUGAACUCCAAAGGAAAGAAGAAUUACUGAGGCGGCAUUCAGAUAAAAUAUCACAGUGGCAGAACUUACUGGCGGAUCUGCAGGGCCACACGUUAUACAACAAGUGUCAACAACAGCCCCCGGCCCCGGCGCUACAACAGGCCGCCUCCCCCAUGCCGCAGCCGUGUAGUGUACAACAGAGCGUCCAGGCCCAACAGAUGGCGGCAGCGGCGCAGCAGGCUGCUCUACAGCAGCAGAUGCAGAGUAGCCUUGCCCAGGGAAUGUUCUUGGCGGGAGGUCGUGGUGGAUAUGCUGGUGCAUCACUUCAGGGACCCCUGGCCUACCUUGAAAAGACUGCCACUAAUAUAGUAUAUGAGGGUAUCUUUCAGAUAUGGUGGGUCUUGGAGACGGGCGGAGGUGACGCGGCCGGGGGAGGGGCAGGGGCCGGGGCCGCGGCAGAGGCCGAGACUUUCUCAGUACAGUCUUUUGUUCAGUCUUCAAAUUCUCCCUGCAACAUUUGUGUAUCAUCGCUGAGUUUGGCGUCCAAUCUCGAGCUGGAUUUCAUCAACAUGCUUUGA